UAUCUGCUCUAACGAAGGCGGAAGAGUAUAUGAAAUACGCAACGAGAUUCGUGAAACCAAUUUUAGGCAUAGUUGGUGCGUGGCCUGUUUCAUCUUCCUCCUCUUCCUUCUCGAAAACUUUAACAAGAAUAGAACAUAUCCUGACGUAUUUCUUGUUCCUCUUACUGAUGGUGCCGACCCUUAUGCACGUGUUUCUGAAAGAGACAAAUAGUAAAAUUAGACUGAAGCUAAUGGGACCGAUUAUCAACUGCAGCAUGCAAUUUUGCGCAUAUACGAUUCUUUUGUGUCGAGCGAGUGAGAUCCAAAAUGGUUUGAACGUGAUAAAGCAGGAUUGGAUAACAGCCACGAAAGAGAACCGAUUGAUUUUCCGCUCGAAAGCAAAGAUCGCGAGAAGAGUAGUGUUAACCGUUGCGAUUACCAUGUACGGAGGUGGUUUAUGCUACAGGACUGUUCUUCCUCUUCUUAAAGGAACUAUCGUCACUCCUGACAAUACUACUAUAAGACCAUUGCCCUGCCCAAGCUAUUUCGUAAUUCUCGACGAACAAAAGUCUCCAAAUUACGAAAUAUUGUUUGUACUGCAAGUUAUGGCUGGAUUUGUUAUUUAUGCAGUUAUUAGUGGCUCCUGCGGUCUUUCUGCUCUUUUUGUUCUGCAUGCGUGUAGCAUGCUGAGGAUCUUGGUGGACAAGAUGAUGGCUCUGGUGGAUAUGAGAGACAUGUCUGACACGAUGGUCCAACGGAGAAUCAUGGAUAUCGUUGAACACCAGACGAAGAUAAAAGGAUUUUUAAAGAACAUUGAAUCGAUUACACAGUACGUUUGUUUGUCCGAAAUGAUUUGCGGCACCAGUCUGGUUUGUCUUGUAGGAUAUUAUAUCGUCAUGGAGUGGGAGAAUAAUAAUGCCACAGCGGUUUUGAUUUAUAGCACGAUACAAAUAUCGUGUACCUUUUCUGUCUUUAUUCUCUGUUACAUUGGCCAACUUCUCGUAGACGAAAACCGCAUUGUUGGACAGGCAUCAUACAUGAUCAACUGGUAUGAUCUCUCGAGGAAGCAUAUGCGUUCUUUAAUACUAAUUAUCGCUAUGUCGAAUUACCCGAUGAAAUUGAUGGCUGGUAAGAUGAUCGAAAUGUCUCUAGCUACUUUUACUGACGUCAUGAAAAUGUCAAUGGGAUAUUUAAACAUUCUAAGGAACGUCAUCUAGAGAUUUUAUUAUGAUACUCAUGAUACAUCCGCAAGAAAUACUGUACAUAUAUUCCCAAUAAUUGCGAAGGAACGUAUCUUUGACAGUAACACUGUUCUAGUUUUGGAAUAAAAAUUAAUCAGA